AGCAGGGGAGCUAAUUGCUGCUGCUUCUCAGCCAGCUGACCAAGGAGCUGAGCUAAUAGCCACAGAUAGAGGGCAUCUGUGGCUAGCAGCUUGGAGUUAGUUUCCCCUAGCACCUGAGGCAGUUGGCAUGCUGCAUGGAACAUGGAGGGGGAGGAUGGGGUGCCUCCUCGGUUAAUAUGUUAAGGGAUUGUGUUUUAUUCAUCUCCAGUAGCGAUUUUUUUUGUGUGUGUGAUGAAAAGAACGCGGAUAUUAAUGCUUCAUCAGAAACGAGCAUAAUUUGUGAAUGAAUCAUCUUGAUACUAGUGUGAGUGAGCCAACACUGGUGGUUUGUAAAAGGAUGUGCAGGAGAGAUCCGGGCGCAGAGGGUUACUGCAUGAGCUCGCACCGACUGAAGAUGAAACUUUAAGCGGCAAAUCAUCCCUGAGUGAAAUUUGACAGAAGAUGUUCCCACAGCUCGCUCUAUGGAAGUGUUUACCCCAUGGGAUCGUCAUUGCCUCGCUCUUGGCAGUCAGCUGGGGCCAGUACGAUGAUGACUGGCAAUAUGAGGAUUGCAAACUAGCUAGAGGAGGCCCACCAGCUACCAUCGUGGCCAUUGAUGAAGAGAGUCGGAAUGGUACAAUUCUGGUGGACAACAUGUUGAUUAAGGGGACUGCUGGAGGACCAGACCCUACCAUAGAGCUCUCUUUGAAGGACAACGUGGACUACUGGGUGUUGUUGGACCCCGUUAAACAAAUGCUUUUCCUGAACAGUACCGGAAGAGUUCUGGAUAGAGACCCACCAAUGAACAUACACUCCAUCGUGGUGCAAGUCCAGUGUGUCAACAAGAAGGUGGGCACAGUUAUCUAUCAUGAAGUGCGCAUUGUGGUGCGGGACAGGAAUGACAACUCACCUACAUUCAAGCAUGAAAGCUACUAUGCCACAGUGAAUGAGCUCACUCCAGUUGGCACCACAAUAUUCACAGGGUUUUCAGGAGACAACGGAGCUACAGACAUAGAUGAUGGCCCGAAUGGACAGAUAGAGUACGUCAUUCAAUACAACCCAGAAGACCCGACAUCCAACGACACCUUUGAAAUCCCACUCAUGUUGACUGGAAAUGUGGUGCUGAGGAAACGACUCAACUAUGAGGAUAAGACUCGCUACUACGUUAUCAUCCAAGCUAAUGACCGUGCACAAAAUCUGAAUGAGAGGCGAACAACCACGACCACCCUCACAGUGGACAUUCUAGAUGGAGAUGACCUGGGACCAAUGUUUCUGCCCUGUGUUCUUGUGCCAAACACACGUGACUGCCGUCCACUGACCUACCAAGCUGCCAUUCCUGAACUGAGGACUCCGGAAGAACUGAACCCCAUUUUGGUGACCCCACCUAUCCAAGCCAUUGAUCAGGACCGAAACAUCCAGCCACCAUCUGAUCGACCUGGUAUCCUCUACUCCAUCCUUGUCGGUACCCCUGAGGAUUAUCCCCACUUCUUCCAUAUGCAUCCCAGAACGGCCCAGCUCACUCUUCUGGAGCCAGUCAACAGAGACUUCCACCAGAAAUUCGAUUUGGUUAUUAAGGCUGAGCAGGACAAUGGUCACCCGCUUCCUGCCUUUGCUAGUCUACACAUCGAAAUACUGGAUGAAAACAAUCAGAGCCCAUAUUUCACAAUGCCCAGCUAUCAAGGGUACAUCCUGGAAUCUGCCCCAGUGGGAGCCACCAUUUCUGACAGCCUAAACCUAACCACUCCUCUGAGAAUUGUAGCUCUGGACAAAGACAUAGAAGAUACAAAAGAUCCAGAGCUCCACCUUUUUCUGAAUGGCUACACCUCUGUCUUCACUGUCACACCCACUGGCAUCACCCGCUACCUUACCCUACUUCAGCCUGUGGACAGGGAGGAACAGCAAACGUAUACCUUUCUGAUAACAGCAUUUGAUGGAGUACAAGAAAGUGAACCAGUUGUGGUCAAUAUCAGAGUGAUGGAUGCAAAUGAUAAUACACCAACCUUCCCCGAAAUCUCCUAUGAUGUCUACGUUUACACAGACAUGAGUCCUGGGGACAGUGUCAUUCAGUUGACUGCGGUAGAUGCUGAUGAAGGCUCGAAUGGGGAGAUCUCCUAUGAAAUACUAGUGGGCGCCCAGGGAGACUUCAUCAUCAACAGGACCACCGGGCUGGUGAGCAUUGCACCAGGAGUGGAGCUCAUCGUGGGACGGACAUACGCACUUACAGUGCAGGCCUCAGACAAUGCCCCACCUGCAGAGAGAAGGCACUCCAUCUGCACCGUGUACAUCGAGGUGCUCCCUCCCAACAACCAGAGUCCUCCCCGCUUUCCACAGCUGAUGUACAGUCUAGAAGUCAGCGAAGCCAUGAGGAUUGGUGCCGUUUUACUAAACCUACAGGCAACUGACCGAGAGGGAGACCCAAUCACAUAUGCCAUCGAGAAUGGAGACCCUCAGCGAGUUUUUAAUCUUUCAGAAACCACGGGGAUUCUCACUCUAGGGAAGGCGCUAGACAGGGAGAGCACGGACCGCUACAUCCUCAUCGUCACAGCCUCAGAUGGCAGGCCUGAUGGGACCUCAACUGCCACUGUGAACGUGGUGGUGACAGACGUCAAUGACAACGCUCCUGUGUUCGAUCCCUAUCUGCCCAGGAACCUCUCCGUGCUGGAGGAAGAGGCCAAUGCCUUCGUGGGUCAAGUCAGGGCAACAGAUCCAGAUGCUGGGAUAAAUGGCCAAGUACACUACAGCCUAGGGAACUUCAACAACCUCUUCCGCAUCACCUCCAAUGGGAGCAUUUACACAGCUGUGAAGCUGAACAGGGAAGUCAGGGACCACUAUGAGCUGGUUGUUGUGGCAACAGAUGGAGCAGUACACCCUCGGCAUUCAACUCUGACACUGUACAUCAAGGUGUUAGACAUUGAUGAUAACAGUCCUGUUUUUACCAAUUCAACAUACACAGUCGUUGUGGAAGAGAAUCUGCGAGCUGGGACCACCUUCCUUCAAAUAGAGGCCAAGGAUGUUGAUCUUGGAGCAAAUGUGUCAUAUCGGAUCAGAAGCCCAGAAGUGAAGCACCUGUUUGCCCUUCAUCCAUUCACUGGAGAACUGUCCCUUUUGAGGAGUUUGGAUUAUGAGGCCUUUCCCGACCAGGAAGCAAGCAUCACAUUCUUGGUGGAGGCCUUUGAUAUCUAUGGGACGAUGCCACCUGGUAUAGCGACAGUCACAGUAAUUGUGAAGGACAUGAAUGACUACCCUCCAGUAUUUAGCAAACGCAUCUACAAGGGGAUGGUGGCUCCAGAUGCUGUCAAGGGGACACCAAUCACCACCGUUUAUGCUGAAGAUGCAGACCCUCCUGGUUUGCCUGCAAGUCGGGUGAGGUAUAGAGUGGAUGACGUGCAGUUUCCAUACCCUGCCAGUAUUUUUGAUGUAGAGGAAGAUUCUGGAAGAGUAAUAACUCGUGUCAAUCUUAAUGAAGAGCCAACAACAAUUUUUAAGCUGGUGGUUGUGGCCUUUGAUGAGGGCGAGCCUGUGAUGUCCAGCAGUGCCACCGUGAGAAUUCUCGUCUUACAUCCUGGAGAGAUCCCACGCUUCACCCAAGAAGAAUAUAGACCUCCUCCUGUAAGUGAGCUCGCCGCCAGAGGGACUGUAGUUGGUGUCAUUUCCGCUGCUGCUAUCAAUCAGAGUAUCGUGUACUCCAUUGUGGCAGGAAAUGAGGAAGAUAAGUUUGGAAUCAACAAUGUCACAGGUGUCAUCUAUGUGAACGCACCAUUGGAUUACGAGACAAGGACCAGCUAUGUGCUUCGGGUGCAGGCUGAUUCUCUGGAAGUAGUCCUUGCCAAUCUCCGAGUUCCUUCAAAAAGCAAUACAGCUAAAGUGUACAUUGAGAUUCAGGAUGAAAAUGAUCACCCCCCAGUGUUUCAAAAGAAAUUCUACAUUGGUGGUGUGUCUGAAGAUGCAAGGAUGUUUGCGUCUGUGCUCAGAGUGAAGGCUACCGACAAGGACACAGGGAACUAUAGUGCCAUGGCCUACAGACUUAUCAUACCUCCCAUUAAAGAGGGCAAAGAGGGGUUUGUGGUGGAAACAUACACAGGGCUCAUCAAGACAGCCAUGCUCUUCCACAAUAUGAGGAGAUCCUACUUCAAGUUUCAAGUGAUCGCAACUGACGACUACGGGAAGGGGUUGAGCGGGAAAGCUGAUGUACUGGUAUCGGUGGUUAAUCAACUGGAUAUGCAGGUCAUUGUCUCCAAUGUACCACCUACGUUAGUGGAGAAGAAGAUAGAAGAUCUCACAGAGAUUCUGGAUCGCUAUGUUCAGGAUCAAAUUCCUGGUGCCAAGGUUGUGGUAGAGUCCAUUGGUGCCCGCCGCCACGGAGAUGCCUUCUCCCUAGAAGACUAUAGCAAGUGCGACCUGACUGUCUACGCCAUCGACCCCCAGACCAACAGAGCCAUUGACAGAAAUGAGCUUUUUAAAUUCCUGGAUGGCAAACUGCUCGAUAUCAAUAAAGACUUCCAACCUUAUUAUGGGGAAGGAGGACGCAUUCUGGAGAUCCGGACUCCUGAGGCAGUGACGAGCAUCAAGAAGCGAGGAGAAAGCUUAGGGUACACGGAAGGGGCCUUGCUGGCCUUGGCCUUCAUCAUCAUCCUUUGCUGCAUCCCGGCCAUCUUGGUGGUCUUAGUGAGCUACCGACAGUUUAAAGUACGCCAGGCUGAGUGUACCAAGACUGCAAGAAUCCAGUCUGCCAUGCCUGCAGCCAAGCCUGCAGCUCCUGUACCUGCUGCACCCCCACCACCACCACCCCCAGGGGCACAUCUCUAUGAGGAGUUGGGAGAGAGCGCCAUGUAUGAAAUGCCCCAGUAUGGAAGUCGUCGCCGCCUGCUCCCACCUGCUGGACAAGAGGAGUACGGUGAAGUGAUGGGUGAAGCCGAAGAGGAAUAUGAAGAGGAAGAGUGGACGAGAAAAAGAAUGAUCAAGUUAGUGGUGGAUCGAGAGUGUGAAAGCAGCUCCACUGGGGAAGACAGUGCCCCUGAGUGUCAAAGAAGCUGUCCCUACAAGCCGGGUAGCCACAGCAAUGUCAACGGCAACAUUUACAUUGCACAGAAUGGUUCUGUGAUGAGAACACGCCGUGCCUGCCUCGGCGAUAGCUUGAAGGUCCCCUCCCCUGUGCCACGGGGGAAACAUUUGAAGAAGUUAGACAAGUUGGCAGUGACACACGAGGAGAAUGUGCCCCUGAACACGCUGUUCAAGGGGCCUUUUCCUACAGAGAAAGUGAAAAGAACACCAACCCUGGUCACUUUUGCCCCAUGCCCCGUGGUGGCCGAGCACUCAGCAGUGAAGCCAUCAGGGACCAGGCUGAGAAACACAGCCGAGCAGGAGUCCAUGGUAGACAGUAGGCUCUCCAGAGAGUCGAUGGAAUUCCACGGUGACAAUAUACCAUCAGAUGAGGAGGAGCUCUGGAUGGGCCCAUGGAACAGCCUCCAUAUACCAAUGACAAAACUCUGACCAAUAAAAAAAGUAGUAACUUGUUUUUUACUUGUUUUUAAAUGAACUGUGCUUUUUAUUGUCACAAAAAAUCAACAUAUGGGGUUUAUAAUGUGCACAAGCUAACAUUUUGAACAGUUUGCUUUGCAAAUAAGAGAGAAAAAGAGAGAUAUUACAUUUGUAUCAAUUGUUAACCCCAGAAAAUCUUUAUGGACAGAUUUAAUUCGCUAAAUAACAUAUAUAAAAGUUAAGCUAUUUUGUUGAAUAUUGAAUUAGUUUUCAUUGUUAAUAAACAAGAAGCAACAGUAAAAAUCAUUAAAGUUUUUGGUUAACAUAGAUUGUAAUCCAUUUCUAGAUUUUCAGCACAUGUAAUUUUAUUUUCUAUGGGAUAAAGGAUUUUAUAGGUAUGAGACUUAUACAGAUACUGUCUGUACAGUGCUGACUUUAUAAAUGAAAAAUAGACUUGCAAAACAGCAGUACAUGUGGGAAUCACUUGUAAGUUAUUUUUAAUCCUGACAUUACUUAUUAUCCACAAUGAAGUUUUAAAGAUUUUGAAAUAGUACCUUUGACCUUAGGAAGAAUAUUUGAGGUCAAAGAUUUAAAAAAUAAUAAUUUACAAUGCUACCUGGUGCACACCACACAUGUCCGUGAACACAGUCUAUCCAUUCCAAUUGUAGCAAAUUAACCACUUGAAAUUCAGUAAGUGUUUGGAGCAACAUAGAAACCUCACCCUCAGCUAAAGCUCACUGAGAAGUAGAGAGGACCAAAUAGGCAAUAAUGCUUCUAGAAUCCAAUCCAAGUUGGGUGGACAACAUGACAAGGCAGAGAAGUCUCGAUGUGACUAGACAUGAAUGUUUCAUGAGCGGAGCAUACAAGGCUAUGUCAGGGUCACAGAUACAUACAAUGUGUGAAAUGCCUAUACGGGCUGCAUAUAUAGCUUUGUUACAUUGGUGCACUUACCUUCUCCCAGCUCCCGUUCAUUUAUAGGUAAUUCUAAUGCACGUAUUGAUGUGCGAUGGUCCAAAGCCAGAAAAAAAAUGGUUGUCUACCUAUUUGUCUUAUCAAAUUGUCUGCAAAUAUGUCUUCAUUUCCAACCUCUGAACAAAGCACGGUGUUUUCCUAUUAAUAGAAGCUAAACAAAAUAUCCUUUAAAAAUCGCCUUGUGUGUUGCACAUUCUACAGCUGUAGAAAGGUGACCAAAGUAGACUAAAAUAAUUCAGAAUUUUAUUGAGUAUGUCUUAGUGUUAUAUAUUGUUAAUCCAAAUUUUGCACUGUAUUGACCAAGUUCAUAUUUCAAUUAAAUCCCCUCGGGUAUGCUUGCUAUUUGGUUGAAGAACUGACAUUAUUAUUUAUUGCCCCAACAUGAUUCACAUUUUUAAAAAGUUUUUAGGGUAUUAUUUUCAUAUUUACAAGGUAAAGAAAUUAUAUUCAUAAACUUGCCAUUUUCUGUAACUAGUAUAUUUUUAUUUCAGAUUUCUGAACAUAUUUGUAAUCAUAUCCUGACAUCUCAUUCUAUUGGGAAUUACUUCCUUUUUAUACCCUUAGAAAAGUCAUCAGCAUUAAUAGUAAUGUUAUAGGUAUAGACUCAUGUCCACACUUGCAGGCCUAAUAACAAGAAUGUGCAUUUUCACAAUAUCUAAGAUGGCUAGUAUGUAUAUUGAAAUUCGUGAAGCAAUGAUGUACUCAUUCAAGCACCAAAGCAAUUGUUUGUGACAUGAAAUAUUUUGCAUUAAGCAUUCAUAUUUCUCUAUUAGCUCAGUCAUUGAUCACUGACUAUAAUUAAUAUUUUUGUAACAUUCCAUGAUAGUAUUUCAUAAAGUUUUAAAUAUUUUUUCUCCCUUUAGCUUCUGUCUGUAAAAUUUAUUUGUUGCUGUUUCUAUCACAAUUAUUUUUUUUUGCUUUCAAGCCAUAGUUUCUUAUAUUUCGGGUAGGUAAGUCGGCAGUGUUUAUGUUUUGGUUAGUGCUAUUGAGAAAAACAAGCUUGAGAUGGGGGUAAGAUUUGAGUAUUUCAGUAAAAAACUGUAUGGGUAUCAGAAAAUUUCUGUUAAGAUAUGAGCAUAGUUCUGAAGGUUAGCUUUUUUCCCAAGAAUAAUGUCCUAACAUUAUGAAAAGCACUGUUAUUUUCAAAAUCACAUUUUGUAAGACAAUAUGCAGCUAUUAAAACCCAGGGGGCAUGCCUAUUUGAGCACUUACAGAAUGAUCAUUUUGAUACAAGUGAUCACAAGGCUAAUCUAUUCCUGGGGUGAGAUAAAGAUGAGCAAACUUGAUGUAGAACGACCAAAUCAAAUGUUUGGGUUAGUGUAUUUGGAGAAAAGAGACAGCACUAAAACUCUAGCUAAAUAAAUCUGAAUUGGUUGAAUCAUUACAUUCCCAGGACUUUGAACAGCCCAUAAAAUCCUGACUCAGUUUUAAACUGCAGAACACAGGGGAAAUGCCUAGGUAUAUUUAAUCUUAAAAAAGAGUUAACAUUAGAUGGUAUUUACAUGUAAGUGUGCAUAAGAAAAUUUGAGCCUGGUUUUCCUGGAAGGGCAUAGGAAGUUCCUUUAAUUUUUGUUCUUAACAUCAGCUUUCAAUAAGACAAACAAAGAAAAAGAAGAAAACAUCAGCUCCCAGUGAACCAACCUAAAUGGUAGAUACCAUCAAGUCCCAGUAUAAAACAUGACAUUAGAAGCCUUGUAGGCAUGAAAAUCAAGAAGCAAGAGCAAUCAGUAUAGUAGGGUAUUGGCCACUCAGUGGCCAUCAGCUCCCAGUGUCCUGAGUCUCUAGAUUUCUUCUUCUCAUUGGUUGAAAGAUAUGAGAGCUAUUCUCAAUCCAAAGGACCUUCUUAAAGUGUGGAAAAGGCUUGCCUUGAAGUCCCCACUGCCAGCAGUGAUGUUAAACUAUGCCGUUUGCCCUCUAAGGUUCUUCCUAACAGUCACUGUAGCUACAAUCAAAACGUUGUUAAUAACAUGUAUCACAGAGCAAGAAACCACUGAAUAUUGAUUGGUGAAAGAAGCCAUUGUCUUUCUUUCCUUCCCGGACCUUCACAUAUCUCUGGUUCUGGUUUGUUCGUUGCAUGCACUUUACAUAGUAAGGAGAACUUACAGGCUACUUCAGUUCACUGGUCAAAUAGGUGGAAAGUGCUAAGAAUCUAUUCUCAGGGCGGAUGCCUCCUGUGCCUGUCAACACCACAGUGUUGCAUCUGAGGGGUCAAAUAGUAUCCAGGACUCCAUUUCAUAUAGAAAGUUUCUCCCUAUGCGAGUGUAGUAACAUAAAUGCCUUGUUGUAUUUCUCUUGUUUUAGCAUUGGUUGAUUCCAGUUACUUUUUUUUACAUUAAAAUCUACUUUAAGUUUAUGGUAAGUUAAGCACAUGUAUGAAGGAUGUGGAUGUUUGAGAAAUUAUAAGGACAGCCACUGUUUUGCUGAUUUCUCAAACACCUGUUCUUCCUUAAAUGACAUGUUACUGUAUGAAGAAAAUCAAGUAUAAAGUCUGGGUUAAAGUGCAUUGUUAUACAUUACACAAUGUUUUACAAAUAAAUUUCUAUUUAAAGAAA